CGAAGGUGAGUAGCCGAGCUUGAGUACGUACGAGAAAACUCAAUCUCCCAGCAUGCUGCGGGGCGGCAGAUUGCUCGAGUGUAGUUGUGAGUCUGGACUUGACUCGGUGCUUAUGAAUAACUACAUCAAUUAUAAAUGUACAGUUUGCAGCUAUGAUGGCGGAGACUGCAGCAGCGUGUCCGGUUUUUCAGCUCGGCAGAUCCAGAUAUGAUCAGGGUUCCUUCCUCGGUCGACUUCGACACUUUGUGGACAUUAUUGACCCCAGUACUCUCUUUGUGUCUGAGACGAGGUUGAAGGAAAGCGUCAAACUCCUGGAUGAUUACAAACGGGGAAUUCUUCCCACUGGAGUGUCUGAUCUUCAGCUUUGGGAAGCCCAGAAGAUCAAGCAGGCCAUCAUUCACCCUGACACAGGGGAGAAGAUCUUCAUGCCAUUUCGAAUGUCAGGUUAUGUACCAUUCGGAACACCGAUUGUCAUUGGCCUGCUUCUCCCAAAUCAGACUGUGGUGUCUACCAUUAUCUGGCAGUGGCUGAAUCAGAGUCACAAUGCCUGUGUCAACUACGCCAACCGCAACGCCACCAAGCCGACACCGACCUCCAGGUUUAUUCAAGGUUAUGUAGGCGCUGUGACCAGUGCUGUGUCCAUCGCUGUGGGGCUGAAUAUGUUGAUUCAAAAGGCCAACAGUCUGUCUCCGACCACCAGGAUGAUCAUUCAGAGAUUAGUCCCAUUUCCAGCUGUGGCCAGUGCAAACAUCUGUAACGUGGCUCUGAUGCGACACAAUGAGCUCUCAGAAGGUAUUGAUGUUCUGGACCAGAACGGAAACGUGGUGGGGUCCUCCAGAAUCGCAGCAAAACAUGCUAUCAUGGAGACGGCUUUCACACGUGUGGUUCUGCCCAUGCCCAUCUUUGUCCUGCCCCCCAUCAUCAUGUCCUACCUGGAGAGGCUGAGAUUCCUGCAGAGGAACCGCAGAUUUUUGCUGCCCAUCCACAGUCUGGUUUGCCUGGUUACCUUUGGUCUGUCGCUGCCUGUGGCCAUCAGUCUCUUCCCACAGAUGUCACAGAUUGAGGUUUCUCGCCUUGAGCCUGAGAUCGCCAUGGCAACAGAUUGCGAGGUGGUGACCUACAAUAAGGGCUUAUGAUGGAGGGAUGAGCUGAGGAGAGAAAGAGAAGAGAAACAAAAAGUGAGCCUGCUGUACGUCUCCUCCUGUUGACCGGUUUUGGAACUGCCUGCUGCAGGAUCACUGCAGAUAUUUUGGAACAUCAUGUACUAACGCAUGAUUUCUAUGUUCUACUUACCUCCUGUUUAAGGCACAAACCCUGACCCACUUUAGAAUUUUAAACAACAAAUAACCAGCUCUGUGUAUAGAAAUUAAUAUAUAUAUUUACAGUAAAAGCAGUUUUUAACAAAGAUAAAUCAAGUUUUUUUAAUAUAUACAUUACAGCGGUGAAUGGUUUUGAAGGGGCAGUAUUAUAUAUGAAUAAAUACUUUAUAUCCUAUCUGGAGUCUCACAAUGAAGCCAUGUGAAAAAGCAGGAGCAGAUACAGUAAUACCUCUGACCUGCAGGGGCAGACUUUUAAAUCAUGCAUUAAAUAAUAGCCAAUUUCUGUCAAAUAUACUUGGUGCUAUCACUUUUUAUCUUUACUUUAGUUCUCCCUUUAAGAAGUUUUUUCUAUAAAAAUAUUACAGCUAAAGAGAAUACAUUUCAGGAAGUCAGAUUAUUUACUUCCUGUCAAAAUAGUGGUUUUGACCCCAAUGAACAUGCUCUACGCACCUAAUAGACGCUAAACAAUACUGGCUGAUUUAGACAUGGUAAUGACUACAUUGUGGCCAGUCAUUAAAGAACCACUUUCCAUAUGAGCUUGAAGCUCUUUGGCCUAGUUCUUUGUUUAAUAAUAAAAUGGAAUACAGGGAAUUGUUGGCUGUUUAUGAGGUCACGUGGAGACAGUACUGUAGAUUUAUAUUUACUAGACUUUCUUACAUUACUUCAAGUAUUUUAACCUGAAAAAUGUGAAUCAACAAUCAGCUCUGUACUGUUUGACAUCUUUACUCCAGUGACCCGUUAAUAUAGUUUAUUAACCAAAGGGCAUUAAACUCCAGGACUGACUGCCACGUUGUUUAUUAAUUCUACACUGCAGUAUUUUAAAUGUCAAAAUUUAACCUACACUAUAAAGUAAAAACUGUUAUAUUGACAAACAUUUAUGUACUUUUAUUGCAACUGUAUAAUAAUAAAACUAUAUAAUAC